AUGUGGUCCACCCAGGAACCUCGGCCCGGAGGGACCUCCCCCCAGCUGCCCCCCCUGGCCCCCCCAUCCAUACUGCCUCGUCCCGCCACCCUGCCCGCUGUCCUCCCCCCUCCGCCUCCCCCCAGAGAAGGGAAGGGUGAGGGAGGCACCACCACGGGCACCGUGGGCACCGUCAGCCUGACGGGACCGUCCUGCUCCCGGUCCUCACAGGAGUCCUCAGACCAGACCUCACAGCUGUCCUCAGACCGGUCCUCACAGCUGUCCUCACAGCAGUCCUUACAGCUGUCCUCAGACCGGACCUCACAGCUGUCCUCAGACCGGUCCUCACAGCAGUCCUCACAGCAGUCCUCACAGCAGUCCUCACAGCUGUCCUCAGACCGGACCUCACAGCUGUCCUCAGACCGGUCCUCACAGCAGUCCUCACAGCAGUCCUCACAGCAGUCCUCACAGCUGUCCUCAGACCGGACCUCACAGCUGUCCUCAGACCGGUCCUCACAGCAGUCCUCACAGCUGUCCUCAGACCGGACCUCACAGCUGUCCUCAGACCGGUCCUCACAGCAGUCCUCACAGCAGUCCUCACAGCAGUCCUCACAGCUGUCCUCAGACCGGACCUCACAGCUGUCCUCAGACCGGUCCUCACAGCAGUCCUCACAGCAGUCCUCACAGCAGUCCUCAGACCGGUCCUCGGUCUUCGGUCUUUGGUCCUGGAGGAGGAUGUUCUCAAACAGGAGGAACUACUGCAUUCUCCAAAGUGGUGACUCUCUGCGCUCCUGGUGUCCUCCUCCUCUGGGAUACAGCUCCUCACUUCAGCUGGGAGAUCAGUCCUCCUGCUCCUUCUCCUCCUCUGGGAUCCCUGUCCUGCUCCUCCUGCUCCUUCUCCUCCUCUGGGAUCCCUGUCCUGCUCCUCCUGCUCCUCACCUCCUCUGGGAUCCCUGUCCUGCUCCUCCUGCUCCUCACCUCCUCUGGGAUCCCUGUCCCGGCUGGAGGCGCCCCUCUCUGGCUGCUUUCAUGUCCGUGUGUCGGAGCCUCAGGAGACUUUCCUCGUGCCUCCUCUUCAUCAGAGUGAUAAUGUUUUGGUCGUGGGUCUGCGCUUAA